GCUGUUUGGCAGAGCGUCUGUCUGUUUUGUUUUGGCUAUUUAUCAGUGUGUAGCAAGUUUCGUUUAUAAAUCGCACAUGACAACAAAGGGGUUUCCUCACCUGGACGACCGCGUCUGGCAUUCGGGCCUCCUCCUCCCAAAAUCAUCCGCGGUCCGUUACCGUGAACUCUAACCCGGCCCGGUCUCUACUUCGAUCCCUCCCUAUUACUCCGUUCUCAUCCUCUUAAUCCUCCCUACCGACACCAGCAACCAUGAGCAGAGACAGACUCGCAGGAAUGAGAACGGGUGGGGCUCCCCAAGCCGCUCAAUCGUAUCCUAACCAAGCUGACUUUCGGACGGGUGCUUACCCGCCACAACAAGACAACUACGCUCCUAUCCCUACAAACCCCUACGGUGACAACCAGGGCUACCCUGCGCAAGCUGGUGGGCACGGACAGGAUGCUUACGCCGCGCAGCAGCCCCAGAACGGUGGUUACGAGAUGCAGAACAUGGAGGGCAACGGUGCAAACUCUAUGGCCGACUUUUUCGCUGAGAUUGAUCAAAUCAAGGGUGCGCUUCGCCAGAUCGAUGAGAAUGUUACUCGUAUCCAGGGUCUCCACCAGCGUUCGUUGAACGACAUCACCGAAGACAAGGCCGAGUGGAACCACCGCCAGCUCGAUGCCUUGAUCGCCGACACCUCCACUAUCACCAACAACCUCAAGUUCCAGAUCAAGAACCUCGAAGCAAAGAAUGCUCGUCUCCCUGCCGGUAGCAGCGAUGUCCACACCAGGAGCACUCAGACCGCCGCUGUCAAGAAUAACUUCCUUAAGACUAUCCAGAACUACCAGAAGGUCGAGCAGGAAUUCCGUCAGAGAUACAGGCAGAGAAUGGAGAGGCAGUACCGUAUCGUCAACCCUGAGGCUUCUGAUGUCGACGUCUCCCAGGCUCUUGACACUCAGCAGGGUGGACAGAUCUUCUCUCAGGCGCUUCUCAACUCCAACCGCCAGGGUGAGGCUCGCUCUGCUCUUCGUGAAGUCCAGGCUCGUCACGAGGACAUUCUCAGGAUCGAGAAGACCAUCGGUGAGUUGGCACAGCUCUUCAACGAGAUGUCCAUCCUUGUCGAGCAGCAGGAAGCCCCCAUCGCUCAGAUCGAGGUCAACGCCGAGAACACUCAAAAGGAUACCGAGUUGGGUUUGGAGCACACCGACAAGGCCGUCAAGAGCGCCAGGGCCGCCAGGAGAAAGAAGUGGUACUGCUUGUUGAUCACCCUCCUCAUCCUCGCUAUCGUCGGGUUAGUCCUUGGUCUCGUCUUUGGUUUGCGGAAAUAA